AAAAAAAAAGGUCACUACUCAAGUAGUGUAUUAAUUUGCUUAUAAAGACAAAAAAAUGGUCUAAGUCUUCCUGGAUGAUUUAGAUCAUCAGUGAUGUAUGAGUCAAUUAUCUGCAUCUUGUUAGUGAGUCCCAGGAAUAAAUCUGAUAAGCACUGUGGACAUUACGUCUACUGCAAGUGUCUGCUUUGCACCAGAGGUUUUCAUCUCACACCUGCAGCACUACACGUAUGACCCUGUGUAGCUUCCUGUGAAGAUAGGACUUCCUGGUGUCUCACACUCUCUACCCCACUCUUUAACCUCAGUUGACAGUAUACUCUUUCUGUCGUUGCAAAUGCCUCAAUGGAUUCAGCCUGAUUGAUCGUAAUAAGUUUGGGGAGCUCAAACAUGGCUGGACGUGCACUGGGAAAAGUCUUCUCUCUCCUGUUUCUUGCCUCUAUUAUACAAGGGCUCCAGGAUGUUGCGGUGUUCCAUUAUGAAAAGAUGGAGGCAGUAGUGGGCCAGAAUGUUGCCUUACCUUGUACUGUAAAAGGCAGUACUAAUCUCAACAUCGUCAAUAUUGAAUGGAGAAAGAACAAAAAUGAAGCCACAAAGCUGGUUCUGUACAACGAAAAGUUCGGAUUCAGUCAAUUUUGGCCUAAUGUCACCAUGCAGAUUGAUAACAAGACGAUGGGCUCCCAUCUUCACCUUUUCCAGGUGGCAAAAUGGGACAGCGGUUUCUAUAUUUGCGACAUCACAAGUUUUCCCCUGGGCUCCAUCAGGAGAGAAAUCGAGCUAGAGAUCAAAGAUGAUGUUAAAAUAAUGUGUGAUAUGGAUCACAUUGUUGAGGUCUAUACUGGAGAAAAUGUGACCAUUCAAUGCAGAACAUUCCCUGAUGCACAGUACAAGUGGACCAAGAACAAGAUUCUGGUGUCAGAGAAUGAAUCUCUGGAGCUCUGGUGUGUGACUGCGGCUCACGAAGGGGUUUAUACGCUGACUGUCAACACAGGAAACAAAAGUCUGCAUCAAGACUUUUUCAUCACAGUGCUAACAGCAACCACAAGCUUAAGGACAGAUCUUGAGACAAUGCCACAACAGUCUAAUGUAACUGCGGAGGGUUUGAUUGAAUCAGCAGACAGCAACUUUACCACAACACCAACCUCUGGGCUUUCAACCAUCGACAGCAAUGCAACUUGGACCAUGAGUAUGGGCACAGCUGUAAGCGAUGAGAAUCCAAACUCCACAAAUGUCACGGAUGGAGAGCAUAUGACCUCUUUAACAAAUUCUACACAUAUCAGUGUCACGUCAUACCCUGCCACGCACACUGAUCCCUAUGACUUCAACAACUCCACGGAACAGGAGAUAAACCCGACUCACAAUUUAAACACAUCCAAUUUUUUUGAAGGAUCAGUGGCCAGCAAUCUAAGCACAACAUUAAGUUACAAUAAUAAAGUGUUUAGAUCAACAGAAGACGCAAAGAAUGAGUCCAUGGGAGGCAAUCCUGGUGACACCCUAACUCUGGGCACUGUACAUACAAUGAAGCCCAUUGAGGAUGAAGAUACUGCUGGUGUACAGAGUCAUCUGUUGUUGCCGUUUAUCAUCGUUCCAAUCCUGGUAUUGAUUACUGUGGCUGGCUUUCUCUACAGAAGAAAACUUAUAAAGGAGAGGAUGGAUUUACCGCCUCCAUUCAAACCCCCUCCUCCUCCAGUAAGGUAUACAGCUGCAAGACACCAUGAUAUUUCAUCACAGCCCAUCCCCACUUCAAGAUGUAACUCUGUGACAGAACUUAAAGAUAUGAAACAAAUGAAUAUGUAUAUAUAUUAAUAUGUAAAGCCUGAUUUUGUUUUGUUGGACAUUUGACAGUAAAAGCUGGUGUAUUUUGUCUCUAAAUUGACUUUGAGCUAUUGCACUACAGAUGUUAUUUACAUUCUUGCAAUAUUAUAUGUUCCCUGUGACUUUUUAAUAAAGUGCCCGCUAUUGUACCUUACGCUGCAGUAAAUAAGCAUCGCAAUGCAUAGAAACAUAACUGUUGGAACUAUACGGCAGAUUGACUUCUUUUAAGGUCAUUCUGGCUUCAUCUGUUAAGCCUGUGAUUUAGGAUUUCUUGCACAGAAGCCCAAUGUCUUUCUCAUGUGUAGCUGUUUGGUGCUAGUGCUGCAAAUUGACUGACGGCUCUAUAUCAAAGACCACUGUUGUCCACACAAACCACAGACUAGCACUUGAGAUUGGGGCAUGCCACAGACCACAUGGGAAAAAUAGCUGACAAAGACAACAACCACUGGAUCCCAAUAUAUACACAGAGGGAGUAGGUGUUGGACAUGUUAACUAUAUUGUUUUAUUAUUGUUGAAUAUGUACUGGUUUUAUAAAUAUUGUUUCUAUUUCGUUAGCAGACCAAAUAAAGUGGACCCUGUUUAAUUUG